GUCGAGCAGGGUGUGAUGAAACCACAUGAAGCAGAUGACACAGAUCCAGCUCUCCAAUUCGCCAAUGAGAGAAUCGAAUAUACUCCAGAUGAGGCAAAGAAUGUUCUCCGCAAGAUUGAUCUUGUCCUGAUGCCAUUGCUGUGCUGGGUGUAUAUGCUGCAGUUUGCUGAUAAAACAUCGCUCAAUUAUGCGUCGUUGAUGAAUAUCCGCGAAGAUGCGCACCUGGACCCAAAGUCGCAGCAGUAUAGCUGGGUGUCGAGUAUUUUCUAUGCGGGAUAUAUCUUCUGGGAAUUCCCUACCACAUAUCUCCUCCGCCGUCUGCCACUCGGCAAAUACACAUCCAUCAACAUCACCUUCUGGGGCAUUGUGCUUGUCUGCCACUGUGCUGCCCAUAACUAUGCUGGCCUCCUCUGCGUCCGCUUCUUCCUCGGUGCUUUUGAAGCCACCAUCACCCCCGCCUUUGUCCUCUUCACCUCCUCCUGGUACAAGCAAAAUGAACAGGCAAAACGCAUGGGCUUCUGGCUUUCCUGCAACGGCGUCGCCCUCCUCUGUAUCGGCCCCAUCGCAUACGGUCUCGCAGGCGUUCAGAAUGCAGCCAUUGCUGUCUGGAAAAUCCUCUUCCUCGUGCUCGGCUUACCAACAGUCGUCACAGGGCGGCUAUACCUCCGCUACAUGCCCGACAACCAAAUCAACGCGCACUUUCUCAACCACCGCGAGAAGCUCAUCGCCAUCGAUCGUAUUCGCGGCAACUUCCAGGGUAUAGGAAGUAGAGUGUGGAAAUGGUCUCAGUUCCGGGAGGCACUCCGCGACCCGCGAACAUAUCUCUACGUGCUGUUCUCGCUGCUCAUGAAUAUCCCAAACGGCGGCAUCACUACGUUCGGGUCCAUCGUGAUUAAUUCUUUUGGGUUCUCGUCGAGAAUGUCGUUGCUGCUCAACAUGCCCACCGGUAUCGUGGAUAUCACCUGCAAACUUCUCUUCACGUAUCUGUCUGAUAAAUUCCUCGACCGUACCUCCUUCGCCUUCCUAGCCAUCCUCAUCGCCAUGACCGGCGGCAUCAUGAUGAUCUGCAUUCCUCUCUCCGCUAAGGCUGCCUUGCUAAUCGGGUACUACUUUAUCGGCGCCGCCGGCUCCUCCUGGUGUCUCGUGAUGGUCAUGAUCUCCAACAACACACUCGGCUACACCAAAAAGGCAACCGUUAACGGCCUGCAAAUCCUCGCGUACGCAGCGGGCAACUGGAUCGGUCCGCAGACUUUCCGCUCCGAUCAAGCACCAGAGUAUUAUAACGGAAAGCUGAUGGUGGCGAUCAUGUACGGUCUUGCUGCGGUGACGCUGAUUAUGAUCCGGUGUGUGAAUGUGUGGGAGAAUCGGAGGAGAGAUCGUCUGCAAGUAAGGGAUGGUGAUACAGCUGAUGGUCAGCCGGUGGGAACAGAGUUUCUGGAUUUGACAGACUUUGAGCAGUUGGAUUUCCGGUAUGUUCUGUAGGAGUCUGUUGCUGGUGGUGUAAUUGGCAUUCGGAAUAAAGUUUGAAUGGCCUCAUUCUCAACAUGCUGUGCAACGUUGCAGAUGUGUCUGUACGGAACAAGUAACCUCGUACAUCAUCGGAAAUGCAAAGAGUAGAUCU